GAAGGAGAGCAUAACUUUCUUUCUUUCUAUUUGUUCUAUUUCUUUUCACUUGGGUUCUGAAACUUCGAGCUUCAGCGGAUGAAUCAAUUUCGAUUUUGAUAUAUUCCGGGCUUUGGAGAUCGCUUGAUAGGAAAUCUUUGACAUUAGUCCUUGUUUCAAAGCAAGUUGAGCUGGGGGCUUGGACUGGCUUGAUCUUUCGGUUUCUCUCAUUCUUCCAAUCUUUCUUUUUGUAUUUCUGAUUCAUCUUCGGCUAUUAACAAAUACGGUAGGUUGUUGCAAGUUUGGAUUGCCGGUUGUUUCUUCAGUGAAAAAGAGCAUCAUGGACAAGUAUCCGGCUGAAAUCCGAAAUCGUUUCUCUUCUGGUGAAAUGACGACUUGAAGCUUCUUCCCUUCCCAACUUUCCCGGCGAAGCGUGUGGAAGAAAUUGCCGGAUCCUGUACAAUGAAGGCGCUGGCGAACAGUGCUGUGUCAACGGCAAAUGCGUGCGAAGGAGAGAGAAAAAACAUCAACUCUGAACUAUGGCACGCGUGCGCCGGACCUCUGGUCACCAUGCCGCCGGUCGGUAGCUACGUCGUUUAUUUCCCACAAGGCCACAGCGAACAGGUGGCAGCAUCUAUGCAGAAGGAUGUAGAUGCUCACAUCCCUAAUUACCCUAAUCUUCCAUCAAAACUAAUCUGCCUCCUUCACAAUGUUACACUACAUGCGGAUACUGAAACAGAUGAAGUUUAUGCUCAAAUGACACUUCAGCCAGUUUCUACGUUUGACAAGGAGGCAUUACUGCAAUCAGAUCUUGCACUCAAAUCAACUAGACCACAAACAGAAUUUUUCUGUAAAACAUUGACUGCAAGCGACACAAGCACUCAUGGAGGUUUCUCCGUGCCCCGCCGUGCAGCAGAGAAAAUAUUCCCCCAUCUUGAUUUCUCACAGCAGCCACCUGCUCAAGAACUGGUGGCCAGAGAUUUGCAUGAUAAUGUAUGGACCUUCCGCCAUAUCUAUCGAGGUCAGCCUAAAAGGCACCUACUUACAACAGGUUGGAGCUUAUUUGUUAGUGGAAAGAGGCUUCUUUCUGGGGAUUCCGUCUUAUUCAUUAGAGAUGAAAAGCAGCAGCUCCUCUUGGGUAUAAGGCGGGUUAACAGACAACCCACAAAUAUUUCAUCAUCAGUCUUAUCAAGUGAUAGUAUGCAUAUUGGCAUCCUAGCAGCAGCAGCCCAUGCAGCUGCAAACCACAGCCCCUUCACAGUGUUCUAUAAUCCAAGGGCUAGCCCUUCAGAAUUUGUCAUUCCUUUAGCCAAGUACUACAAGGCAGUAUACAGUAACCAAAUAUCCCUUGGUAUGCGGUUCCGGAUGAUGUUUGAAACUGAAGAGUUAGGAACGAGAAGGUAUGUGGGGACAAUUACAGGCAUUAGUGAUCUUGAUCCUGUAAGGUGGAAAAACUCACAAUGGCAUAAUCUGCAGGUUGGCUGGGAUGAGUCCACAGCUGGGGAAAGGCGUAACAGGGUCUCAAUAUGGGAGAUUGAACCAGUGGCAGCUCCAUUUUUCAUUUGCCCACCUCCUUUCUUCAGAUCUAAGCGCCCAAGGCAACCAGGAAUGCCAGAUGAUGAAUAUUCUGAUUUGGAUAACCUUUUCAAGCGGACAAUGCCUUGGCUUGGUGAUGAUAUCUGCAUAAAGGAUUCUCAUACUCAGAAUGCUGUGUUACCUGGCCUGAGCUUGGUGCAGUGGAUGAAUAUGCAGAACAAUCCUUCUCUUGGCAACUCAACCUUGCAAUCGGAUUACUUGCGUUCUCUGGCUGGACCAGUUCUGCAGAACCUAGCUGCUACAGAUAUUUCCCGUCAGUUAGGCUUACAGGGACCACAGGUCUUGCAGCCAAACAACCCAAACUUCAAUAUACAGAGGCCACCUCAGCAAAUACAACAGCUUGAACAGAUAACAAAAUUACCAACUUCAUUGAACCAAUUAGGCUCCGUCAUGCAGCCACAGCAACAGUUGGAUGACAUUAGCCAGCAACCCAGACAGAAUUUAAUUAAUCAAACACUUCCUUCAAACCAAGCCAAGGCGCAAUUGUUACAGUCUCAAGUUUUAAUGCAAUCUCCCCUUGUUCAUCAACAGAAAGCGCUUAUCGAGAACCAUCAACUCCCUGGUAACCUUCCUCAGAUCCCACAGCAGCAGCAAUUGCAGCAACUACAGAUACAACAGCAACUACAGCAGCAGCAGCAAUUGCAACAACUACAGAUACAACAGCAACAACAGCAGCAGCAGCAGCAUUUGCAGCAACUACAGAUACAACAGCAACAGCAGCAGCAGAAACAACAACAACAAUACCAACAACAACAGCAACAAGUUAAUGGUCAAAUCCAACAACAAAACCGUAUGCCAGUUCAGCUCCCUCAUCAAGUGAAUCAACAGUUACAGAUGUCAGAACAUCAAAUCCAGUCACAACUGUUACAAAAGCUUCAGCAGAAACAACAGUCACUCUUGUUGCAGCAGUCUACACAGCAACAGACACCACAACUAAUUCAACUCCAUGAGCAGCAUAAGCAAUUCUCGGAAGUUCCUCAAACUUUAUCUAAUCCCAACUCAUUUGCUCAGCAGAACAUGAUCCCUCAGCAUAUAACAAAUAAUAACGCCCAGCCAUGUAUCCAGUUCUCUCAUCCAGCACAGCAGCAGCAUCAGGCACAGCAAAAGCUUCAGCAGCAGCUUCCUCUUCCUCCAGCACUGACAACAAAUAUGCUUUUAACCACAGGCAGCAAUAUAUUGACAGCUACUGGAGGGGCACAGUCAGGGAUAACUGAUGAGCUUCCUUCUUGUUCCACCUCUCUUUCCACAAACAACUGUCUUAAUGUAGCCCAGCCCAUUCUAAGCAGUAGGGCUUACCGUAGCACGUCAUUGACAGAGGAGAUGUCUCAGUCCACAGUGAUGCCUUCGAGUCCUAAAACAUUGGAAGCCAUGUCAUCUGGCCCAAACUUGGCGAAAGAUUUGCAACAGAAAUAUGUUGUUAAACCUUCAAUUCCCAUUUCUAAGAGUCAGACUCAAGGGGCUGUUACCCCACAAACAUGUUUAAAUGCAACGUCCCAAAUGGAUUGUUUGGACACAUCAUCAGCAACUUCAGUUUGCCUUUCCCAGACUGAUGGGCCUUCACAGAACUUUCCGUUGUCCUCUUUCGAUCAACAAUCAAUGUUGUUCAAAGACGCAAGUCAGGAUGAGGAAGUGCAGACUGAUCCUAGAAAUAACACACUUUUUGGGGUUAACAUUGAUGGUCCUCUUGGGAUACCUUCGACUCCUGAUCCAUUGCUGGCAAAGGGAGUUGGAUCAGGAAAUGAUUUUUUGAACAAUCUUUCUUCAGGUGGCAUGCUUGCAAAUCAUGGAAAUUCAAAGGAGACUCAACAGCAACUUUCCUCAGUUGUUUCUCAGUCAUUUGGGGUACCAGACAUGGCAUUUAAUUCAAUCGAUUCUACCAUCAAUGAUAGUGGCUUCUUGGGAAGAGGCACGUGGACUCCACCAACCCCCCAAUUUCAGCGAAUGCGGACAUUCACAAAGGUAUACAAGCGGGGAGCCGUUGGCAGAUCCAUUGAUAUAACUCGUUAUUCUGGCUAUGAUGAGCUCAAACAAGAUUUGGCACGUAGAUUUGGAAUAGAGGGGCAGCUUGAGGAUCAACAAAGAAUAGGAUGGAAGCUUGUAUAUGUGGACCAUGAGAAUGAUGUCUUACUAGUGGGUGAUGACCCUUGGGAGGAGUUUGUGAAUUGUGUUAGGUGCAUCAAGAUAUUAUCCCCUCAAGAAGUUCGGCAGAUGAGCUUGGAUGGAGAUUUUGGAACCGGUGUCCUUCCAAUUCAGGCCUGCAGCAGCUCUGAUGGAGGGAUUGCUUGGAGAAAUGGUCAGUGUGACCAGAACUCAAGUAAUCCUUCUGCUGGGUCGUAUGAUCACUGAAAGUUUGCAUGGAGAUGUGUUUGACACAGCAAGAGACUUCUCCAUAUAAUAUCAUAUUAAUCAGCCAGUGAGUGUAUGUGUGGGAUCUCCAAGUGCUGAUAUUUGCUGCUUCAGAUCUUAAUCUUGCUACAUGUUUGCAGAAGGUGCAAGGAAAUAAUGCUGGUAUCAAGACACCGAAAACUAUCUUCCAUAGGCAGUCAAGGAUCAUUUGCUGAACUUGGAAUCAGCAAUGGAAAUAUUGAGGUCAGAGCCAGAUGAAAUAAAGAUCAAUUUUCCCUCCCAGGGGCCUUGCAAAAGCACCAGAGCUUGGUAUUUGUACCACUUGUUUUCAAAAUGUACACGUGUAGAUUUAUUUCUGUUUUUACUCUCCCUCGGUUAAUUGCUUCUGUAAAUUAUACGAGUACUGUACCCUAAUAUUGGCACAACAAGCCUUUACAGAGAAUGGAAUGGAACAUUGGGCAUUCAUCCCAUAUGUGAUA